CUUUUCAACAUACAAUGCCCUUAAGACUUGAUUCUUAAGCCUCUAAGGCCAUAGAUCUUCUCAGAUGUCAUCUUACAAGACAUGUAUAUGUUUAUCCUUAAAAUUAUUUUGAUGUUUGUUUGCAGCAUAAGAUGACGAGUGGUUUUGGUUUUGGUUUGGGAGACUCAAAUGGCUCGACAAAACCUGUACGAAUCGUUGUGGUUGGUGAGAAAGAAACUAGGAAAACAAGUUUGAUCAUGGCUGCAGUAACUGAUCAUUACUAUCCUGAACCUAACAUCCCUUCUCUGUUACCUUAUACAAAACUACCUUCUGAAUAUUGCUCUGAAGAUGUUCCGGUUACCCUUAUCGACACUUCUUCAAGACCAGAAGACAAGAGAGAUGUCAUUAGGGAAGUCAAGGAAGCAGAUGCAAUAGUUCUGACGUUUGCAAUAGAUAGACAAGAGACUUUGGACCGUUUAAGUGAAUAUUGGCUUCCUCUGUUCCGACAACUAAAGGUGAGAGUCCCUAUUGUAGUAGCAUGUUAUAGUGUUAUCAAAAACGAACAUAAUCCGGUCAACAUUGAAGAAAUAACAUUACCUAUAAGGCAACAAUGUCAAGAGAUAGAGAUAUGCAUUGAGUGCAUUUCAACCUUUUACUAUACUUCAUGUAUGAAAACGACCAAACUGAUUUUUGUGCAGGCUCAAGCGGUUUUUGUGCAAGCGCAAAUAUCGGCUAUGUACCCAAUAGGACCAGUGUAUGAUCGAGUAACCAAUUCACUGAAGCCUCGCUGUGUUGCUGCCUUAAAACGUAUAUUUGAACUCUAUGCGCGUAACAAUGAUUACAUUCUCAGUGAUGACGGGUUAAGCGAUAUGAAUGUUCGUAGUUUCGGUAUACCAGUGAUGCCUUCUCGUAGUAGAGAAUUAAUAAAAUCUGUUCAAGAACUGUGUCCACUAGGAGUCAAAGAAAACGGACUCACAAUAGAUGGCUUCUUGGUUCUAAUCACAAAGCUUAUCAACGAUAGAAAACUCAGAACGUUAUGGACUAUUCUUAGGAAAUUAGGAUAUAACAAUGAUUUAAGACUUGUACAUGAGAUGAUUCCUUAUUCAUCAUUCAAACGCAUGCCUGAUCAGAGUGUUGAGCUGACAGAUCAAGCUAUUGGAUCCUUAAAGAGAGCCUAUCACCGUUUCGAUAACUUGGGACCUCAAAUGAUGGAAUCUCUCUUUGAAACUGCACCUGAAAGUCCUUGGAAUGGAGCUCCUUAUAAGGAUGCUACAGAGAAAACUAGCAAUGGAGGAUUAUCACUUGAAGCUUUCCUCUCACUGUGGUCAUUGAUGACACUACUAGAUCCGGCUAGGAGUCUUGAAUAUUUCAUUUGCAUUUGUCACCCUGAUGAUCCAUCUUCAGCAGUUCAUGUUACUAGGAGGAGAGAGCUAGACCGCAAGGAGCAAAUCUCUGUAAGAAAAGUUGUUCAGUGUUUUGUCUUUGGACCUAAGAAUGCUGGAAAGUCUGCACUGCUCAAUGGAUUUAUUGGAAGGCCAUAUGAUGAUGACAAUAGAGAUGGAUUAGGUGAGGAGCGUUAUGCUGUUAAUAUGGUUGGGAACUCUGGUAUAACUGGAGGUACAAAGAAAACUCUGGUGAUGAAGGAGAUUCAAUAUCAAAAAGAAGGAUUCCUAUUAUCAGAUGAAGCAUUGGCUUCUUGUGAUGUAGCAGUGUUUGUUUAUGAUUCUUCUGAUGAGUCUUCUUGGAAGAGAGCCAUUUAUAUGGUUUCUGAGGUUGCAACAAUUAGUGAAGAUGCAGGGUUUGUGUUUCCUUGUCUAAUGGUUGCAGCUAAAAUGGAUCUUGGUUCAUUCCCAAUGGCAAUUCAAGAAUCCACUAGGGCUACACAAGAUAUAGGGAUUGAAGCUCCAAUACCAAUCAGUUCCAAACUUGGAAAUUUUGAUAACUUGUUUCACAAGAUACUAACAGCGGCUGAGCAUCCUCAUUUGUGUAUUCCAAAGAUAGAAUCAAAGAGGAAAAGGGUCCUCAAGCUAAUCAAUUCUUGGAUUCCAGAAUGUUGGGUCAAAUGCUUCUGUAUUUCAUCAUAAUAUGUAUGGAUUCAUAGUUGGACAG